CCCGGAGACAGAGAUAGUCUACGACUACGCGGACAGUAUACGAGUACUCGGGGCUCACAGACUUCGGGGAUCGCGAGGUUCACCGUGACGUCACCGCCCGCCCGCCCGCCAUGUCCCGCUACUCGCGGCCGCCCAACACUUCCCUCUUUGUGAGGAAUGUGGCCGAUGCCACCAGGUAGGUGUACGGCCUGGCCGCUAGCUGUCAUACAGGAGGGUCGGCAGGACGAGGGCGCCUCGAGCUCACGAAUGGCUGUGGAGCCCAGAAGGCAGACAACCUAAUAUGACCUUCCCCAUCCAUGGCUCGGUGAUGGGGGCAGCCUUCCAUGUACAAAGCCUGCUAGCUCCAAGGCCGGAGGAUUUGCGCCGUGAGUUUGGUCGAUACGGCCCAAUAGUUGACGUUUACAUUCCACUUGACUUCUACAAUCGUCGGCCAAGAGGAUUUGGGAAAGUCAGGUUUGAAGACGUUCGCGAUGCUGAAGAUGCCCUUUAUAAUCUUAACAGAAAAUGGGUUUGUGGCCGUCAAAUUGAGAUCCAGUUCGCUCAAGGUGAUCGGAAAACUCCUGGGCAAAUGAAAACCAAGGAACGGCGUGCCUGCUCGCCAGUUGAUCGUCGGAGGUCCAGGAGCCACAGCAGGAGAAGAACACGCAGCCGAAGUACCUCUUGGGAUCAUGGUAGGAGAAGGUCAGGCAGUUUGAAAGCGUCACGACACCGAAGACAUUCCUACAGUCAUUCCAAGUCACGAUCAAAAUCUCCACUGAGAGGGUCAAGAACCCCACAGAGACAUUCCUUCUCUAGGGGUCGCUCCAGGUCACUUGAGAAGUCACCAUCCGGUUCACCACCAAAGCAUUCCAGCUCUGGUUCAAAGUCUCGAUAUGGACGGCGGCGAUCUAGUUCUACAAGAUCACAUUCAAAAUCUCCCCGCCACCGACCCUCCAACUCUGUGUCUCAAAAGGAGAUAUUUCGGCAUUCUCGUUCACGCUCGAGAUCUAGAUCACGGUGUAGAGGCAAAAACAGUCGACAUUCUGGCUCCGAUGAAGACUAAUCUCUAGUAUCCACAUUUAAAACACAAUUUGUAGGGCAACGCAUAGAAUUGAAACAAUAUUUGCAUAUAUUUAAUUUGUCCGGUUAUUCAUAUAUGCUAGAUUUCCUAAAACAAAAUCUGAAUACAAUGAAUAGAAUGUCAAGUCAAAUAUUUUGAAGGUUUUAAAGGGGGUAAUACUUUACCACAGUUGUGCUAAUUUGUGAAAUCACCAAUCAGUAUUCCUUAGGCCUCUAGAUUAGGUUGUUUUUUUUUAAUUUAUUUUUCAAUUCCCUCUGAGGAAAAUGUAUAAUCUUUUGAUACUGCGUUUAAGCUAUUGAACAUUAAAGUCAGAAUUUUGUUUUGUACAGUCAAAGAGGAUAUGGCGCUUAUAUCCUAUUAAAAAGCAAUUUGAUGCCCAAAUAAAAAUGUCUGUAAAUAUUUUUAAAUCAAAAUUCUGUCAUAAAUUGGGCAGGGUGUCGUCCCUCCCCCGA